CAGACAGACAGCUCGCUCUCACACAACAGGACAAGGAGACCGAACACUCCGUUGCAACAACUUUUAUUCCCCCCUACAAGCUUUACGCCAAACCAGCGAUCACAAUGGGGAAAGGCUGCAUGAAGGCAACCAAGUACUUCCUGUUCCUGUUCAAUGUCCUCUUCUUCCUGUUUGGCGCCCUCAUCAUGGGGUUCGGACUGUGGGUCCUUCUGGACAAUGAGAGCUUCAUGGUCAUCCUGCAAGAGUCCUCCACAGUGCUGAAGAUAGCUUCCUACAUCCUGAUAGGUGUCGGUGGUCUCUCCAUGUUGAUGGGCUUCCUGGGUUGCCUGGGGGCUAUCUACGAGAUCCGCUGUCUGCUGGGCCUGUACUUCACCUGCCUGCUGCUGAUUCUGAUUGGUCAGGUGGCAGCCGGUGUACUCAUCUACUUCCAGAAGGACCUGCUAAAUAAGGAGAUGUCCAACAUCGUGACCCAGAUCCUGAGCAACUACCCUGGCAAGAACAGCACCACCGAGCAGGCCUGGGAUUAUAUACAGAGGACGAUGGAGUGUUGUGGAUGGAGUGGUCGUAUGGACUGGCAUGGUAAUGCUGUCCUAGUGAACAGUUCCCAGCUGUUGUUCCCGUGUUCCUGUCAGAACGUGUCUCUGGUUGAGGGUAACUCCUCCGACAGUGGUUUCUGUGAGGCACAGUCACUUGAUUGGCCCGUCUACGACAGGGGCUGUAACUCCAGUGUAGAGAGCUGGCUGUUUGCCAACGUUGGAGUGAUCCUGGGGGUCUGCCUGGGAGUGGCUGUCAUCGAGCUCCUGGGUAUGAUCCUAUCCAUAGGGCUGUGUAAGAGUGUACACACUGAGGAUUACACCAAAGUGCCAAAGUACUGAAGAUGAUGACGGGGGGACGCUAUGACACACACACACACACGUUGUCUCUCCCUCCCUUUAUUUGGAGAAACGCGUUCGGUGCAGAUGUUUAUUUGAUUUCAUUUUUUGUUUUUUGGGGGGGUUUUCUGGGGGGGGGGGCACUUUUCUCCCAGUCCAGUUUCCAUCGGAGCACUUUAGAGACUGUAGUUGUGGAUUAGAGAGGAAGACUAGAGCAGACCGGGCCACAGAGACAACAGGAAAGAGAGCUGUGGGGAAAGUGAGGACAGGAAGCGUGAAGAGAGGACAGAGAAGACGAGGAUGUAGAAAGAGAUGGAGGGUCGUCUCCUUCCCUCGGCAGAUGGAGUCUACCACAUCCUUGACUUCUGGGGAAAGAUCCAUUUUAUCAUCAGGAAUCAAUCAUGAUCGGCUUUGUUUGUCAGCUCUCAUAGGGUCCAAUCCUAACUUCAGAUAUGCAUGGGUAACUUUCAUGAAUUGAAAAUGUAAAAAUUUGAGAUUUUCAAUUGGAGAAUUUAAAUUAGGAGAUUUGUGAAAAAUGUGAGUUGCGUUCACAGAUCUCAAGUUCGGUUAACGGUUGUUACUGAGUUGACCUGACUAGAAGAUGAAGAGUUCGGGUUAUUGGACUCCUGGAAAAUAAACAAUGUUUGUUUUUAUUUUCUGUUCUUCAGUGUUUUGAGGAGUUAUGCAUUUUUGUUUGUUAUAGUACCUUGUAUAUAAUUUAGUUUGGUAUUUCGUGAGCCUCUGAAUCUGCAUUUUUUUUGUGAAGAUGUUUCUUCUUUUCAUUGCAUGUUUUCUUUUUCAUGUAUUUCAUUUUUUUGUGCAGUUUUGAUAUUUUUCUUGAUAAUUUUGUUUAAAGUAAUAGGAAUAAUGAGAUACUAAAGAGGACCAAGAUUCUGCUACUUUAAAGUAGGGGGGGGGCUUGGCCCAUAGGGUGGGGCUUCCCCAACUGGUGGACCACAGGGGAUAUUAUUUGCUGCCCUACGUUUUCUGAGCUAGAUAUAUAUAUGUAAAUCUGUUCUAUAGUAUUCCCACACGUAACAGAGGGAUAUAUAUGUGACUGUAUACAAAUCUAAGCAAGCCUUGAAAUGAUUAAGUUUAAGUUAAAUAUUAUAUCUAUUUGGUCUUCUUGAGGUCAAUAUUCAGUCUACAAAUGAUUUGUGUUCCGGCUCCUUGACCAUCCGCUCAAGAAACAAAUCAUCCCUCUGCUGAAUCUAGUGAAUGAUUGCUUUUAAAGGGGCUCUUAAUUAUCCCCCUCCCAUAGUGGCAAAGAAAGUCUCAGUUUACAAUUGUCUUUUGAUGACAAACAGAAUACUUUGUUAUGAAUGUUAUGUUGAUUGUGGUUGUGAGUUUCUCUGAAGCUUUUCAUCUUUAUUUCAUCUUUAUUUUUUGACGACGGCUUUCACGUAAAUAUUACAUUUUCCUUCAGAAGACAAACAUACGUGUUUCGUUAAGAAAUGAACCAUUUUGUUUUAAACCCUGAUCAACAACAAAAAAAAUGUUAGGUGACUUUUUACUGUGUGUGAAGAGCAAAUUUAAAUAACAGAAGCUGGGUUCUGUUUUUUUGUUUUGUUUUUUUUAAGAGGGAAAAAACGUCCGUUUUUGUUCUUGAGAAAAGACCCAUUUUGGACCAGAAAUCUUUAUGUACAGUAAAUCAUUCCGAAUUAAAUUCAUGUAUAUUUUUUAACAUUGAAUUACGGUUUUGGUUUUAUAUUUAGGCUUUUCUUUUGUUUUGUUGUCUGAUUUGAUAACCUUUGACCUUGGAGUCAUUUUUUUUCCCGGUAGGACUAUUAAUUUACAACUUGAUGAACUUCUGUCUACUAGCUUGAUCAGUCGACAUAUACUCACCCCAUUGACUCUGUUUUGAUUUGCUCAAUAAACAUUGAAUAAGACUGA